CUCGGACGAAAUACAGCUGUGUGUUUGUAGGAAGAAAAAGACGUUUGUCUUAAACGCGCAUUUCCACACUAGCAACUUCCAACAUUUUGUGUUUUUCUGCUGUAUCCACGAUGAAAUGCCACAAAAGAGCUUCUGAAGAAGACCACAAUAGAGACACAGAGUGUUCUACCAUGUCUGACAGUGACCCCUGUGAGGAUGACAGUUACCCUCUGAACCUGAGCACCUGUAGCAGAAGAGCCGGGGCCAUUGGCAAGCGUCGUCGCCGUGGCAACCUCCCCAAAGAAUCUGUUCAGGUUCUGAGGGACUGGCUGUACGAGCAUCGCUUCAACGCAUAUCCAUCAGAAGUGGAGAAAAUGACUCUGUCGAGUCAAACCCACUUGUCUGUAUCACAGAUCUGUAACUGGUUUAUAAAUGCUCGACGGAGACUUCUCCCGAACCUGAUCCGGAAGGAUGGCAAAGACCCCACCCAGUUUACCAUGUCACGGCGUGCCAGCAAACCAUACAGAUCCUCCUCUCCAGAAAGCCCUCUUCCUUCAUCCCUCCCUACACCCCGCCCCUCUGUCAUUUGCCCCGCCCCAGUAUUGGACUUAAGGCUGUUGGGUAACACAGCGACAGCCAUUUUGGCUGGAGCCGGUUGCUUGCCGUCAUCAGGUUCAACAAGUCAAGAUGGUGGCGUUCAGGCUUUGAUGCAGCUGGACACACAAGGUCUUCUGAGACAAGAAGGUCUAACUGGAUAUCAGUAUGAAAAUCACCUGACGACCAUUCCACCUGCUUCUACCUCUAUCCCAGCCCUUGGAGCGGUGAGCCCUACUGGGGUCCUAUUCAACACCCCUCCCCCUACACCUCCGGAGCUGUGUCCUCAAGAUUUCAGUGAUCUGAAGCUUCUAGUGGAUGCAGCGUUGCAGCGAGCAGCUGAGCAAGAGUACUGUCAGAAGAAAGAGCAAACAAUGCAACAACAACCAAACAAACCUUUAAACAAAAUUUCUGGAGUUUCCAAGAAUUGCGAUUCAGAGGCAGUCUCAACCUUCUCUUCCAGAGCAGAAACACAGAAGUUCGUUGCUACACCAGAGUUGAUGGAGAAUCCUGUAAUACCAGUAUCGGUUCCAGUAACGACGCACUCUUUUCCGGGCCUUCCCGUUGCGCAAGAUACUCUUUACACGGCUGGUGUCGCCAAUGCGGCCGUAGGAGCCAAAAAUGUUCCAGAAUCAGGUAGCUUUAUGUCGUCUGCCAUGUGGAGUGUCCAUCACAGUGAAAUUCGACAACCCAGUCCUCCUAUGAGUGCAAUCUCGCACACAUGGGUUCAACAGUACAUGCUUAAUACGGUUACGGAAACGGUCAACUGAUCCAUGUGGAAGCUCUGUUUUGAGGUUGUGUUUGCACAUGAGAACUCAAAGUUGGACUCGUAUUUGCUUAUUUUGGAUGGAAAAAUUGGCAUUUUGGAUGAUGUUAAAAUGUUGACUACGUGUGUCUCUCAAUCGGGACAACCCUGUUGUCAAUGUUGUCUUUCUGUUGCUAGGUGCCCAGAGAACCACUUCAACCAAGAAUCACUUUAGGUGAUUACGGAGUGGACACUUUUGAACUUGAUGACACCAGGAUAUAUUUUUAAGACGUUUUAACUUUUUUUUUUUUUUUAAACCAAACCUUUUACCUUUUCAACUAUAUGAAAUGUAUUGGUGUGUAUGAAAUGCUCUUCAAAAGUAGUCAAAUAUUUCAGACUCUGAGAAGUUUGAGACCAGGUGGACCCUUUCAAAAGGGAACACAUUACUCUAAAAUCUCUCAAAUUUAUGUUUCACUAACACCAGCAAAUCAAAACUUUAAACAUUACAAAUACUCCAAACUCAGUGAUCUUAGGAGAAUUGUCCACAUCAGGUUCCUGAUGACCAAGAGAUUUUGGUUAGGGUGUUUGUAGCUAUUGUUGAACAACUGAGUCUAUGAAGUUUGAGACCGAGUGGACCCUUUUAAAAGGGAACAUAUUACUCAAUCUCUCACUUUUGUUUCGCUUAUCAAGUUUGAGUGCCACUACAUGCAAGCACCAGCAAAUUAAAACCUUGAACAUUUAAAAUGCUCUAACCUCUCGAGUUGUACACAUCAUUAGGUGUAUCACUGACGACCAAGAGGUUUAGGAUGUUAGUAGUUUCAGAAGUGGCCUCGUGUAGUGUUCUACCUCAGACAACAGAAAAUGUCAAGAGGCUCCAUAUAUAAUUGCUCUUGCCUUUCUGCAUCAAUAUAUCCACAUAUUUUUGUCAUCUGGCUUGCUUUAUAGUUUGGAUUUGUGAAUGAUCAGCAUAUAACAUUUCAGUAUUGGAGUCUGAUUAGGAUCUAAACAAAUGUAGGCAUUUAAAUUUAGUAUUUUAUUUCAAAUUUUCCAGAAAACUUUAUACUUUGCAGUAACACCUAAAGUCUAGGGUAUACUUCGUUUUUCUACGUUCCAUUCUGUCUUGCGCACAGUCGAGCAUUUUAAAGUGUACUUUUUUACCCAUGAGCCCAUACGGACGCGUUCGACACAUGUCCCAACAAUGUGGACAAAAUAUUAGCCAUGCGCACUGUGCAAGCUAAUGCGCACAAGCACACACAAAACCGAAGAGUACUCUGGCCUUAAAGUUCUACAUAUCCUUAGACCAAGAUUCUCCAUAAGAACAUGCAGUUUGAAAAAUUGCUAAAAAAAAAAAAAAAAACUUUUUAUGAAGCCUCUACUUCCCAAAAUCUCAGUCUUUCGUGUGUGUGUGUGUGUGUUCUCAUAUGUCCUGCACAUUAUAGAUCAAUCUGACCUGGUCAUGACGUCGGAACCACAAUACAAUCUCUCCACCUCUGUUUGCUCCCGGAAUAACAUCUGAGAGCCUUUGUGAAUGGUGUGACACAAGGCUGAGUGUCUCUAUGCGAUGGGGUGAGGAGAGGGUGGGUGAAUUGGCAGAAAAUUGAUCGUACUGCAGGGAGCAUCGCUCAGUGUUUCAUAUCUGAGAUGAAAUGAGGUGGGGGUCAUCUCAAAGAUGCUGUCAGCAUUGAUUUCCUUAAGUUCUCAUGUAGUGUGAUAGUAGUCGUCUAUUUUUGCUGAUUUACAUGGAUUAUUGUGGUUUUAACGGUAGUGUUUGGUGAGUUAGAUACCCAGCGUUAAUUAUAGUACUUUACAUUUUCAUAAAUUCUCUUUCACGACGUAUGCAAUGCAGUUAUGAAUGUGUCUGAGUGUGUGAGCGAAUUUGACGAGGGAAAGACUGUCAGCGUUUUUCGACUGGAAGGUAUUUUGUGUGUUUACAGAACAAAUGAGUUUAAAAAGUAUGUUACAAACAUUUCAUUCACACCUCUCUGGACUGAAUAGGUCCUUUUCUCACCUGUAAUCUGUGAAUGUAUAUAGAGAACUGACAAAUAUUAUGUAGAAAUGGAAGAUUCUUUCCAGUGAUAUCUGCUUUGGACACUAGACGACCUAGAUAUGCUAGUAUUUUAUGCUUGUAGUUUCCAUGAAACUGUGAGAACAUGUACAGAUUACAAAAUAGCUUUUUAGUAAUAAUUUUAACUUUUUAAGAUGGCUGCAGAAACAUUACAUUUGGGGUCAGUUCAAAUUAUUUGUUAUACUCAAGUGCCAUAAUUCUGACACAUUCUGUAUAUUUUUUUAAUUUUUAUUUAGUUCUUAUGCUGGGUAAAUUAACGUUUCAUUGAAGGUGAGGUCUGAGGUCAUGUUUUGAAGUACUGUAAACAUUUCAGGAUGAUUUGUCGUAUGUUAUUGGAUUUCAGUGUUGUCUCAGGUUGAGGUUUGUGUUUAGUGUGGUUUUCAGCUGGCUUUGGCCUUCAUUUUACCUCAUUGUGUCUGGUUUUGUGACCUCUUACACUGGAACACAUCAAAGUGAGUUUUAAUUCCGAUGAAGGAAUUCUGUAAGGGUAAUCUGUUUACAAGCCACUUUUACAGACUUAAAGGGAUAGUUGGCAAAAAAAAUGAAAAUUUUAUCAUUGUUUACUCACCCUCAUCUUCUGUGGAACACAAAAGGAGAAAUUUUGAAGAACGUUCUUCAUUCAGCUUAACAUCCCCUUUUGUAUUCCACAGAAGAAGGUAUACAGGUUUGGAAUAACAUGCGGGUGAGUAAAUAAUCCCUUUAAACUGGAUAAGGUCAUCAUAUUGUAGUGACAUCAAACUUAAUAACAGAUCCAAUUCACUAACGCUUCAGAAACCACUGUGAUCAUUCUGUUAUUUACUGGAACGGUGAUGGGUCCUGGAAGUAAAUGGGUUUUUUCAUCCUCAAUUUUCAAUUCAUCAGAAAUAUGUAAAUUUUCCUGACGUUGUAAAUGACAUUGUGAAACAUGUAAAUAUCCCUUUGGAUCAGCUUUUGUCUUUUGUCAUAGAUCAGCUUUCAUCGUAUUUAUGUGUAUCUUUCUCCUAUACGACCCAAAUACAUGAAGAUGGAUGUGAAUGGGUUUUUUUUUUUUUUUUCAUAUACAUGUAUCUAUAACUGAGGACAGUGAAACCGGCAACUGUGCCUUACCUGCUUCUUUAGAAAACCUUUUGACUAGCCUGUGCAAUAUCUGCCUUAAACAUUUGCUGUGGAGAUUUUACUCUGUUCUUUUGUACAAACAUUACAGAGAAAUAAAAGCUUGAUUUUCAUA